CUGCGAUGGCGGCGGGGCGGCUCCUCCCGCUGCUGCUGCUGCUGCUGCUGCUGCUGGGGGGCCCGGGGGGCUCCGCCCGCGACCCCCCGAGCGGCCCCGCCGCCCUCGCCGCCCGGUGCCGGUUACCGGCGCUCACCGGCCGCUGCCGCGCCUCCAUCCCGCGCUGGUUUUUCAACGCCUCCUCCGGGAGCUGCGAGAGUUUCGUGUUCGGCGGCUGCGGCGGCAACGGGAACAACUUCGGCAGCGAGCGGGAGUGCCGGGAGAGCUGCGGGGCGGAGCCGGGCACCGCUCCCUCCAGCCCUGUCGACCCCAAUUCCACCUUGGCAGAGCUGUGCUCGGCGCCGCCGGUGACGGGCCCGUGCCGGGCGGCGUUCCCCGCGCUGGUUUUACGUCCCGGCGGAGAAAUCGUGCCGGGAAUUCACCUACGGCGGCUGCCGCGGCAACGCCAACAACCACCGCGACGAGCGCGAGUGAUUUUGGUGGCGAAUUCCGGAGAUCUCUUCUCCUCCAAAGGGCUGGCGCUGGUGGCCCUGCUGGCCCUGCUGGCCCUGCUGGCCGCGGGGCUGGCCCUGGCCCGGGGGGCGCUGCCGGGCGCCGCGCGCGAGCGCCGGGAGCCGCCGGCGACGACCGCGAGUGCCUGA